AACUUAUCAAUAAUCAUGACACUGACAGGUCGACGUCUGUGUGAUUAGGCUGUUGCAUUGGACGAUGUAUUUUUAUUAUUCUAAUUAAUCAAUUACAAUAAUUGCCGACUUGUCCACUACAGUGAUAGUGACAAGUCAAUAAGGCACCAGAAUAUUUAUUUAGCCCCAUUCAUUUUCGUUACGUUCAUGACAUAACCUUAAAGUUCCUACUUAUUUUAUUCUUAUGUAAAUUCGUGAAUAUUUGAAUUAACAAUGGAAAGUGAAGCGAAAAAUGUGAUUCGAGUUGGUUCGAGAAAAAGUGAGCUGGCUCUAAUACAGACCAACUAUGUUAUUGACUGUCUCAAAAAAGUAAACCCUGAAAAGGAAUUUACAGUAGUUACCAUGACAACGCUGGGAGACCGUAUACUAGACGUAUCACUGCCGAAGAUAGGAGAGAAGUCAUUAUUCACCAAGGACCUCGAAGACGCCCUGAGGAACGAUACAGUGGACUUCGUGGUACAUUCCCUGAAGGAUCUGCCCACCACCUUACCUGAUGGCCUGGCUAUUGGCGCUGUGUUUGAAAGAGAAGACCCAAGAGACGCGUUAGUUCUUCGCGAGGACUUCAAAGACCACACGCUGGCUACAUUGCCUGAAGGAUCUGUUAUAGGUACAUCGUCACUACGCCGCACCGCUCAGCUGCGCGGUUCGUACCCGCAGUUGUCGGUCGCGGACGUGCGCGGCAACCUGAACACGCGACUGCGCAAGCUGGACACGUCUGGACAAUACGCCGCGCUGCUAUUGGCCAGUGCUGGCUUACAACGCAUGGGGUGGAAGGAUCGGAUAUCUAAGAUCUUGCCGUGCGCGGACAUGAAGUACGCAGUAGGCCAGGGUGCAUUGGCGGUGGAGUGUCGCGCGGACAACACCACCGUACUGAACAUGCUGGCGCCCUUCAACCAUCCCGAGACCUACUGCAGGAUCCUCGCCGAGAGGAGCUUCCUAAAGACCUUGGGUGGAGGUUGCAGUGCUCCAGUCGGCGUCUCCACGACCCUCAAGCCAGUAGACUCCCAGUUCAGACUGUCCCUAACUGGAGCAGUAUGGAGUAUGGACGGCAAAACCAAACUCGACCACAGCCUCCAACAAACAUUCACACAAAUCAGACGCACACAGAAACACAAACUCAGUCCCACGGAAGAAUCAGAUUGCAAAAAGGUGAAAAUAGACAAUGGUGAGUCGAAAAACGAAAUCCUUAACCCUAAUGAAGUACUUAAAGACAAUGAUAGUAUUGUAGGUAAAUCUGCCAGUCAAGAAAAAGAUGAUGCGUGUGACAACCGCAUUUUCUGCGGCCUAACUAUAAACACAAGCAUCCCCAUAGACGUUAUAAUUAAAUGUGAUAAUCUAGGUAAAGAUGUAGCCAAUGCCCUCAUUGAGAAAGGUGCUCUAGAUGUCAUGAAAGUCACUCAAGAUAUCAUAAGAAGUUCCACGGCCGCUAAAAAUUCAUGAUUAAAACCUUUUUCUAGUGAAAAGGCUGUAUGCAUGCAUGUCUUGUUGUAUAAAAGUUUUAGUGACACAAGUGGCCUUAUGAAAUCUUUUUUAUCUGUGCAAACAUGUGUUUAGGAACAAAUUGUAGGUGACAUAAGAAAUGGCUUUUUGCUAAUAUGAGAGAAUAAUUAAAUAUUGUUUAAAAUUAAUCUAGUUAGUGUAUGCUACAAUGGACAAUUUUAUACGGAUUCAUAAACUAUGUAUAUUUGUACAUAAAUCUUAUUGUAAAAAGUGAAAUCUGUUUGUAAAUUGCAGUUUAUCAAACACGACCUUAAGUCUAUAGCAAUAAGGGCGACUUUCGUAGUAAUACUUAUGUCAUAAGUACAUUUGCGUGCGAUAUCCAUAAUUCUGUUAAGGGACUUUGAUCUCUAUCGCCUUAGUAAUAAGGUUACAAUAUUAUAUUACUUCAAGAUCGUCCUUAUGUAUAGGUCUUUAGGUGAUUUGUUUUUUUUAUAUUUUGUCGUUGUUUGGCAUAAACUUGACUGAGUUAUACAGCUAUUUUUGUUUUAGUUUAUUACCUGUUCCAAAUAUUUUAUUGAUCGGAGUAGCAAAUAAAUGGAGGGCGCAAGUUGU